AUGACUCGUCAUCAAUACUUCACUCUCUCAAACAAAUCAAGGAUAAUGCCUGAUUAUGAAGCUGACAACGUUGUUGUCUGUGAAUCCCUCGCCCAGAUUCAAGAGUUGGUGCCAUAUUUGAUCCACGUGGGUGUUAUUAUACCAAGAGAACUCCCAGCAGCCUCUCCUCCAUUUCAUCGCAAUCACAAUCCUAAUGCCUCAUGCGCUUUCCAUGCAAGGUAUAUAGGACACUCCACCGAGGACUGUGGGGCUCUCAAAAAGAGGAUUCAAGAGUUAAUUGAUCAAGAGAUCCUGUCUUUCUCCGAGGAAAAGCCCAAUGUGAAGACUAAUCCCUUGCCAAAUCAUGGUGGUGCAGCAGUCAAUGCUGUGAUCGAAGAGGAAAAUGCUGAAUCCGUACUAAGGGCUGAAGAGGUGAAGACUUCGAUGUCAGUUGUGUUACAAAGACUUGAGCAGUUUGGGUUUCUAGUAGGUAUACAUGAUGAUUGUGAAAUAUGCAAGUUUGAUCCAGACAAUUGCGACAAGCUGAGGGAUUGUGUACAAGAACUGAUGGACCAAGGUUUGAUACAGUUCUCUAAGUCUAAGGCAGUAGAAGUGGUGGCAGCAGUGCCUUGGAAUUAUGAGACAACAAAGUAUUUGGGAGGAAAAGAAAUCCGCAUUCCCGACACUGAAAUCGUCAACAUUGUUGGAGCGGGAGGCAUGACUCGUAGUGGCCGUGUAUUCGCUCCAAAAUACACUCCUAGGGUGUCUCCAGCACCCAUAGUUAUCCUGCCUAAGGAGAAAGUCGUCCCUACUCCGACUCCGCAGGAAGUGGCAAUUGUACCUGCCACUCCGAACAUGACAACGACUCCGGUGCCGACGAAAGUUAUUGACAAUAAAGCUGUAGAAUCUGAAACUUCUAAGGGUAAAGAACCGAUGGUUGAGAAAGAACAAGUUGAAGAUCACAAGAAAGGCAUCACUUUUGAGGAAAGCCAAGAAUUCCUUAAGUUGAUCAAGAAGAGUGAUUUCAAAAUUGUUGACCAGUUGAAUCAGACUUCCUCCAAAAUAUCCAUUAUGUAUUUGCUAUUGAGUUCUGAGGAUCAUCGCAAGGCAUUGCUGAAAGUUCUGAAUGCCGCUCAUGUGAUGCAAGAUAUCACAGUCGAUCAAUUUGACGACGUGGUUGCUAACAUCACUGCCAGUAAGUAUCUGGUAUUUAAUGAAGUAGAGCUACCUCCUGAGGGAAAUGCCCACAACAAAGCCCUACACAUUUCAGUCACGUGCACAGACUCCCUCCUAUCUCGAUUCCUCGUUGACACUGGCUCUUCACUUAAUGUAUUGCCAAAAUCUACAUUAAGCCAAUUGCAGUUUAAAGGGACCGAGAUGAGGACCAACGCACUGAUCGUCCAAGAUUUUGAUGGUUCCCAAAGGCAGGUUAUCGGGGAAGUCGAUUUGCCCAUCUGUGUUGGACCCCACCAGUUCAUCAUCACCUUCCAAGUCAUGGAUAUCAACCCAAGUUACACUUGUUUGUUGGGUAGACCGUGGAUUCAUGUCGUUGGGGCAGUCACCUCUAAUUGCACCAAAGGAUGA